GGAAGUGUAGAUGUGUGGAAGUGUAGAAGUUGGAAGUGUGUAAGUGCAUGUGCAAAUCUGGAAAUAUACAAACGAGUCGUUACCUUACUCACUUUUAUCCUAACUCGGUAGUGUGGAAGUCUGAAGUCUGGAAGUCUGAAAGUGUGGAAGUGCAGAAGUGUUGAAGUGUGGAAAUGUGGAAGUGUGGAAGUGCGCAAAUCUGGAAAUAUGCAAAUGAGUCUUUACCUUACUCACAUUUUUCUUGACUUGGUAGUGUGGAAGUGUGGAAGUGUGGAAGUGUGGAAGUGUGGAAGUGUGGAAGUGUGGAAGUGUGGAAGUGUGGAAGUGUGGAAGUGUGGAAGUGUGGAAGUGUGGAAGUGUGGAAGUGUGGAAGUGUGGAAGUGUGGAAGUGUGGAAGUGUGGAAGUGUGGAAGUGUGGAAGUGUGGAAGUGUGGAAGUGUGGAAGUGUGGAAGUGUGAAAGUGUGGAAGUGUGGAAGUGA